AUGUGGAAUUCGUCAGUGACCACCAAUUGCCACAAUAUGGAAGAAGCAACUUUCUCACAAGCCGUCAACGGAGUACCCGGAUACCCAACAGUGAACCAAACACUGUGUCCGUUUGGCCAACUUCGCAUCCUGACCGCAUCCCAGGGAUUUUACACCUACGUAACGCCCAUUGUUUUCACUGUUGGAAUCAUCGGCAACAUUUUAAGCCUAAUGGUAUUUAUGUCGAGAAACAUGCGCAAACUGUCUGCCAGCACGUAUCUGGCCGCGCUGUCAAUUUCCGAUACAUGUGCUCUUGUGUUUUAUGUUCUGGUUGAUUGGUUACGAAGAGGGCUGCCAUAUUUACCAGGACAACAGGCCACUACGUUUUUGGAGGAUCAAGGAUUGUGCCAAAUGCAGACUUAUCUGAGUUACGUCAGUAGGUUUGUGUCCGCUUGGAUUAUAGCCACAUUUACCGUGGAACGAUACAUCGGCGUUUGUCAUCCUUUGAGGAGGAAGAGCAUAAGUGGUAGUAGGUCGGCACAUAAAGUCAUCGUCAGUCUUAUCUUUAUAGCCUGUGUACUUAUGAUCUACAAACCGAUAUUAACCGGUCGUUAUGAACACAGUACGAACUACUACAAAGUGGCACGAUGUAGCCGUGACCCCAAUUUCCCGUUUGUAUCCUUUGCACUUGACUCCACAUUUGCCCUUUCAAUAACGCUUGUGCCAUUUCUGUUAAUCAGCGUUCUGAAUGCACUCAUCAUUCGACGCCUUUACCUGCGCAACAAACGAAACUUGAAGAGAUACAUCAUCACAGAAGAAAGUAUAAUUCGCAUGGAAUUUACCGUCAUCCUGCUUGUUGUAUCUUUUGUUUUUAUAACCCUGAAUUUGCCGUAUUUUUACUUUUGGUGCAAGAGAUUUCUCCAUACAUUUAACAGCACGGUGCCAUCUCGGAAGCGCGCGGCUUUCUUAGACCAGUCGGAAUCUGAUUUGUUGAUUACGCGGGUAAUCUUUUAUUUAAACUACUGUGUUAAUUUUUUCCUGUACAGCGUCACAGGGGCCUAUUUUAGAAAGGAAAUGAAACUUUUAUUUUGUUACCGACGAUAUCAUCAGUACAACGGAAGUGCGUUUCGUUUGAGCUACCAUAGCAACCAGUCAACGCCACAAAGUUACGUGUAG